AUGGACCAGGAGAUGAAGGGUGGACGGGCAGUGGGCAUUCUAGCUGUUAAUGGCUGGAUAGGGAGCAGGGCUCCGCAGAAGAACCUGAAGCCAGAGGCAGAGGAAGAUCGCCUACAGCAUCCGGGACGGACGCUCAGUAGCGCGGGCUGGGCACUGGGGACCGGGGAAGAGGAGGGGAGAGGUUCCAAGUGCCCGGGCACCGAGAAGCAGCAGCGGGGCGCGCGGGCGCGGCUCCCCGCACGCCCUCCCUUCGCCUCCUCUCCCUUAGAGGAGGCGGUGGAGCGGGCGGGCGCGGUUCCGGGGGUGGGCGGGCUGGGCGGGGAGGAGGCGGGGCCGCCGCACUGGCUUCUCCCAGCCCCUCCUGCCCUCAGCCAGAGAGAGCGGAGCCUCGGCCAGCUCCGAGGGGCGGGCGCUGAAGCGCAGCGCAGACCUACCGGUCCGCGGAGCCGACAACUGCAAGCCGGGCGCUGCCACCGGAGGCGGACGAUGGGGGCAGGUGCCGCCGCCGGCGUCGUGGACGGGCCGCGCCCGCUGCUGCUGCUGCUGCUGUUGGUCCUGGGGGUGUCCCUCGGAGGUGCCAAGGAGGCCUGCUCCUCGGGCCUGUACACCCACAGUGGAGAGUGCUGCAAAGCCUGCAAUCUGGGCGAGGGGGUGGCCCAGCCUUGUGGAGCCAACCAGACCAUGUGUGAGCCCUGUCUUGACAGUGUGACAUUCUCUGACGUGGUGAGUGCCACUGAGCCAUGUAAGCCGUGCACCGAGUGCGUGGGCCUGCAGAGCAUGUCGGCGCCAUGCGUGGAGGCGGAUGAUGCCGUGUGCCGCUGCGCCUACGGCUACUACCAGGACGAGACCACCGGCCGUUGCGAGGCCUGCCGUGUGUGCGAGGUGGGCUCGGGUCUCGUGUUCUCGUGCCAGGACAAGCAGAACACCGUGUGCGAGGAGUGUCCCGACGGCACGUACUCCGACGAGGCCAACCACGUGGACCCGUGCCUGCCCUGCACGGUGUGCGAGGACACCGAGCGCCAGCUGCGCGAGUGCACCCGCUGGGCGGACGCAGAGUGCGAGGGUGAGCGCGCCACGGGCGGGGCUGGAGGCGCGGGAAGGGCGCCCCCUGGGGGUCGAGAGGGUCAGGCCUGGGCGGCCUUGGGCCGGCGGCCACCCUCCCUGAAACUGAAUCCUAACGGGGGAGAUGGGUCCUGAUCCUUCUCACCAAAGGGCCCCUUACACUAUUUCCUUUGGGCUAAGUGUUUGGAAAGCCGUCAUCCUCCUCCUGGCCACAGCUUGCAUUUUACGGGGCUGUAUUAAUCCAUAACUUCCAGCUAGGGACUAGAUGGGCAGCAGAUAAGAGACUUGAAGGUGGCCACCGUGUCUGGAUCAGAGAGCAGGACAUGUGUGAUCCCUGAGACAGGCUUUCUGAAGUGGAGAAGGGGCUUAAGGACCUGCAGGAGUUGGGACGCUUUGGCUCAGAGGCCUGGUCUAGGUCUGGCAUGGUUUAUGGCUCUGGGACCUAGGAUGGAACCCAUCCUGUCACUUACCAUCUGAGUGAUGUUAGGGAGGUCUCUCCUGUCUCUGGACCUCAGGUUCCUGAUUGAUCACAUGGUUUCCAGGUUGCUGUGGUUAGAGAAAGCAGCUGGCCCAAUUCAACUGGUGAUAUCUGAGGGAAGGGUCAACUGUCAUGGAUACAGCUUAGUCAAGGUUGAUACUGAACCCAGGGAGCACUACGGAGGUUGAGGGGACAGAGGCCCUGGGAGAGGGGAAGAAGGGGCCUGGCAGGCCUGGGCUUGGGAGCCCAAGGAGAGGCAGGGUACCCGUGGAGGGCUCUCAGCCCCCUGGAGAGGAGAGGAGCUGGUGUGCCUACCUUAGCCAGGCACAGGGCCUCAGGAAAUGGGGCAGUCCCUGGGAUGGGGAGAGGACGCACUGUGGCAGCCAGGCUGAACUGUUUUGGUCUCGGGUUGCUGGCAUCCAUCUAUGGGGAGAUUGGUGGGCUUUCCUACUGCAGGGAGAAGUUGACAGUGCCUUUAUUUUCUGUCCCUUACCCUGUGGCCUGGUGCCCACUUAGCUGUUUUCCUUUGGCAUGUAACUGUCAGGGUGCCCUCCUUCUGAGCAGGCCCCAAGUUUGAUGGAGAGAGACAGCCUUUGCCCCAGUCUGAUGAAGGACACAUGGUCCCAGCACUUUGUUCCCAGGAGAUCCCCCAUUCUGGUGGAGGCAUUACAACUUCUGCCUUUGGUCAGACCCCAGUCAGAUGGGGGAGAUAGACUCCGCACUGUGCAGAGCCUUCAGUCUGACCCAGGCUCCCACCCUAAGCCUUCCUUCUGGGUCCUGUGAUCUCUGGCUCAGGGAGCUGAGGACAGAGAGGGCUGUUAAGCUGGGCUGUGGCCAGGUAUGUGAAACCUCCUGCACUGGGGUGGGGGUUGGGGGGAGAGGAGUGGGACACAGAACAUGGUAGUGGCACUUGCCCUGGGCCAGGAGACAGGCAAGUGGCGUCAAGUGCAGGGCAGAGCAGGAAGGGAGUUUCAGUAACUGGCAGCAGGCAGGCAGCACAGUUCAUGGGCAAGUCCAGACCAGCUGCUGGGGGACUUAGCUGGGUGUGGUUAGAGCAAAGAAAGGUGGUGGGUCAGGGAGGGUGGGCUCUGCCUUUUGAGGCAUUCUCAGAUUCCUCCCAGAUACCACCCCACUUACCCAGCCACCCUCUUACCCUCUCCACUGUAGCCUCUGAAGGGUUAAAUGUCAGCUGGGGCAGAGGGAACUUUUCAGGAAAUGGAGUUUGAUUCAUGGUUUGGUUGCCCCCCUCCCUUCCCAUGCAUUGUACUUUCCUGCAGAUACAUUUCAGGUGUGACACAGUGAUUCACCCACCCUCGGGGCAGAAGGUGCCCCCACUGCUCCAGUGAAGUUUGGGUUUAGGAAGAGUAACCUGGUCCCUGUUUCCACCCCCAAGUCUGACAGCUCCCAUUCCGGAAACAGCUGUCAGGACCCACCAAAGGCUUAGCGGGUUGAAAUGCUAGUGGACAUGGCCACAUCUGGAUCUUAUCCCCCCGCCUCUCAUCAGAGGAGAUUGUUGAGAUGAGGAGAGAGCAUUCCGCACGGCAUUGUCUUCAGCCUCGUCUGUUCUUACCCCCCUCUCUGCCCUUCCCCACUGCCCUCCGAUCUCCCUGACGGCCUGAUCUACCAACACCCACUCCACACCUUCAGCCUCUGGGGUGGGGUCAGCCCAAGCCGAGCUGUAUCAUCCUCAGGGCACAGGCUGCCCCUCAGCUCACCCAGUCCCCUAGCAGGGCAAGAGAAGACCCUUCCAGUUCAACACCUUGUCUGGGGCUGCAGAAGACAGGGCUGUGUCCCCUCCACUUCCCGCCUACCUCCUCCACCUCUCCCAGGACUGAGAUGGGGAAGGGUGAGGCAGGGCAGCAGAUGGCAGCCUCCUCCCCAGUGCCAGCCAGAUGGAUUCCAGAUUCACAUCUGGGGGCCUCACCCCUCAGAAAGUGCUGAAAA